AUGUCUUUUAUACCCCGUCGGAUCUUUCCGAACUACAAUAUCCCCUUGUCCAACUUCAAAGGUCAUCACCAGAAGGCACUAACCAAGUUUGGCCAUCUUGCUCCACAAAUUGAUCUUGUUCUUGAAGUCAGAGAUAGCAGAGCUCCCCUUUCCACCACCAAUGUACUCUUUGACAGAGUGCUAGCCCAGAAGGAGAAGAUUGUCCUCUACAGCAAAAAGGACUUAUCUGCUCUUAAGAGCAGUGUACUCCGAAAAUGGCAUGAAUCAGUAAACGAGAAGCAUCUAACUAUCGAUUGUAGAAGUCGUAAAGACGCCCAGAAAGUAAUAGACUUAAUCAAACAACGGUACUUUGAAAUGACUCCUCCUCCUCCAUUGGGACUCCGUUUGAUGAUUAUUGGGAUGCCCAAUGUCGGAAAGUCGACACUUGUGAAUACUCUCAGAGAAGUAGGUUUGAGCAACGAUUCAGUAGGAGCCAUCUCGACUAAAAGAAGAAAAGUUGCCAGAACAGGAGGCCAGCCAGGAGUUACGAAAAAUACUAGUGAGAUCAUACGGCUCUGUCGAGAGCCAGAUAUCUUAGUUCAUGAUACUCCAGGUGUAUUUUUGCCCACGGUGAAGGAUAUUGAAACUAUGUUAGCUCUAGGAAUGGUGGGAUGUGUUCACACUUCGUUUAUAGACCCUGUAAUCCAGGCAGAUUACUUGUUGUACUUGCUUAAUUUACAAGAUCCAACAGGUUCGAAAUACGCUGAGUACAUAAACAGACCUACAAACUCAAUCGACGAGUUGUUGUACCAUAUAGCUAAGUACAGAGACCAAGUCAAUGGUGACGGUUCCUACGACGAGUUGGGUAUCGCUUCUCAUUGGAUAAGUCUCUGGAAGCAGGGUAACUCCCAGAAAUAUAAGGCUGUCUUUGACUUGCAAGCCAUCUUGGACAUCAAUGGAAACGACCUCAAACAGAUCUUCAAGAACGAAAGGGAACGGGUUACAACCAUGAAGGUAUCCGAAAAAAUUGUAAAUAGUUUGGGGGAAGACGGUACCGCUAGAUCAAAACAUAGAAGGAGAACAGCAAAGGAUAGGGAAUACGAUUUGAAAAAUCGUUUGUUUAAAUAUUAG